AUAUGCCUACAGUCCAGAUUCAGCCAGACCGACAGACUGUUAACCAGGGAAGUGAGGCUGAGCUUACAUGCAUUGUAACUGGAAGUCCACCACCUGAUAUUAAGUGGUCAAAGGUGAAUGACGAGUUUGGCGUAGGUGUGCGUGUUGAAGGGAACGUGCUGAGGAUCAUAAGUGCAGUUGUAAGUGACCGGGGAAUGUACGUGUGCACAGCAGAGAAUGCUGGAGGAACAGCACAAGCAGCAGCCAUUGUGGAAGUAGAACGACGUGAACCUCCAACUGUUCAGAUUUACCCACAAGUCAAGCAGACCAUUGUGGCAGGAGCAAGUGCCCUCUUCCAGUGCCACCUGACUGGAGGCAUCCCAACCCCCACAGUGCGCUGGGCUCGAACAGAUGGUCGACCGCUGUCACUGAACACGGAAACUCUCAAUGGUGGUGUCUUAAGAUUCAACCAAGUCCAAGGUGAUGAAGAAGGUUCCUACACAUGUACAGCUGAGAAUGAUGCAGGAAGGGUGACAGCUGUAGCUAUGCUGGAGAUCCAGUCCUUGCCUGUGAUCAGUAUCAGACCUGGACCAUCUCCAUACACGUUGCAAGUUGGUCAGAGGAUGCGUCUGGAGUGCUCUGCCCGAGGAGAUCCAUCGCCUUCUGUAACUUGGCAAAAGCUGGAGGUCAACUUCCCAACCACUGUAUCCAGCCAGUCGACAGCUCCAAAUGUUGCCGUUUAUGAAGUACCAUCUGCAUCAAAGUCUGAUUCCGGCACCUAUCAGUGCUCUGCUACCAAUGCUGCAGGUGUAAGUGAGGAGAGGAUCCAGAUCGUUGUUGAGGAUGUGCUGCCAGGAUUCAAGCCUGUUGUUGAUACCACAAUCCCAGAUGCACCUGAAGCUGCUACCAUCUUUGUACCUAUUGGAGGAAACUAUGAGUUCUCAUGCAGAGAACAAGGACCAGAUGCCUCUUCCAUCAUAUAUGACUUCAGACGCAGUGAUAACAGGCCCUUACCGCGGGGCUACCGUAUUGAGAAUGGCGUUCUUUAUCUCACAAGCGUUGACCAGGCAGCCUCAGGAGAGUAUGCUUGUGUAGGGUCCGACCGCAUAUCAGGAAGGAUUCUCUUCACCAUCUAUGCCACCUUUGAGGUUAUUGCCCCUCCACGCAUCACGUUAGACCCUGCACGGCAGAUUGUGCGUCCCGGAGAUCUUGUGCGCAUCCGCUGUACUGCUACUGGCCCACAGCCCAUCACCAUCAACUGGUCUAAGGAAGGCGGGUACAUGCCACGCACUGUCAUUAUGAAUGGAGGAGAGAUGAUGUUCCGUGGCAUUGAGACUUCUGAUGCAGGGAGGUACAUCUGUCAAGCUGUAAACAAUGCUGGAACUGCACGUGCUGUCGCAGAAGUUGUUGUUAAUGCUGUCAAAGCAGAAGAUACCCUGCCAGAAAAAACACCAAAGCAAGAUGCUGAGAAAAAGCCAGGAAUCAUUGACACUUUAGGAAUUGGAGUUACCGAGGAUGUGUUUUUUGACCAAUUUGAGGACGAUGAAGAAGAUUACUUUGAUUCCUCCUCUACCCCCGAAGAGGGCUAUUAUUUGAAAGUAGGUGGCGAGGAAGUGUGCGAAUUCAUGUGUCGAGAUGAGACAAUGUGCGUUCUCUCAAGUCAGUUAUGCGAUGGUAAACGCAACUGCCCUGAUGGAUCAGACGAAGAAGAGUGCUUAAAAGACACCCUGAUCAAAACUUGUGAGGACUCUCCAUGUGGCAACAAGCUCUGCCUUGCAAAACACCAGAUAUGUGAUGGUAUACCAGACUGUUAUGAUGCUGGAGAUGAGAAGGGUUGUAUUGAUGACAUUUUCGACCUGACCAAAUGCUCAGAUUUCUUCAAAUGUGGUGAUGGAAAAUGUUACCCAUUCUACCUCAACUGUGAUGGCGAGUGUGACUGUAGUGACUGUAAGGAUGAAAAGAUUUGCCUCCGAACCAGAAGGCAUAUCAGACAUGAGGAACCACUCUUAACAGCAAUCCAGCAAGAUAUUGUGCGAUUUGUUGGACAAACGGCUGAACUUCGAUGUGAGGCUUCAGGAAUCGACCCCAAUGCAGUCUCUUGGUCUAGGCUUAGAGGCAGCCUUCCUUCAAGCGCUGUCAUUCGUGGCAAUCUUUUGAGACUGGCUUCCUUGAGGCCCGAAGACAGCGGUCAGUAUCAGUGUGAAGCAAGAGGUCCAACAGGAUUCCUGUCCUCUGUCAUCACCUUGAAUGUACUGACAGGACGACAGUCCCUGGAUAUCAGAAUUAUACCCAGUCGCCCUAACGUAAGAAUUGGAGAUGAUAUUGACUUGACUUGUGAAGUGAGUGGCCAGGCACCGGCAUCAGUUACCUGGAAGAGAAUGAACACAGGUCUUCCUCUUAAUGCUCAGCCACGGGAGAAUGUCCUCAGGUUGAUUAAUGUACAGGCUAACUAUGGAGGAAUUUACCAGUGUGUUGUUACAACUUCCACGGGAGUCUUUGAAGAAAACUUCCCUCUAGCAAUUCAGGGUGUAAUUUCUUCUGAACGUGUGGACUUUGAACUAAACCAACGAUCAGUCAUGACAAGGUCUGUAGCAUUUGGGCUCAGUGUCAUCAUGGAAUGCCACGUCAACCUAACUCCCCCUGUAUCAUACACCUGGUCUAAGCAGGGUGGGGAACUGCCUGUCAAUUCCCUUGUUGAAAAUAAUGUCUUGAAUAUCCCAGAAGUUCAUACAGAGGAUGCGGGACUAUUUGUGUGCACAGCCAGCAAUGCUGAAAGAUCUCUGGACCAAGCCACUCUACUGGUUGUCACGGGAGUAAUUCCAAGAUUCUCAGAAAAUUCCUACCUUUCACUGCCAACUCUACCAAGAGCUUACCUCGCCUUUGAUCUCGAAAUCUCAUUCAAGCCAGAGACUGGUGAUGGUCUGAUUCUCUACAAUAGCCAGCGCGAAAGCCAAGAAGAUGGAGACUUUGUUUCCUUUGGUCUCAGUGGAGGUUAUGCAGAGUUCCGCUUUGAUGUAGGAUCAGGCCCGGCGGUCAUCAAGUCUCGUCAGCCCUUGGCCCUGAACAAGUGGCACACUGUCAAGCUCUCAAGGGAUAGAAAGAAGGGCAGCAUGAUUGUUGACGAUGGAGAACAAAUCAUGGGCAGCAGUGUUGGUCGAUUCCUGGGACUGGAUCUAGUGAGACCAAUGUAUCUCGGCGGUGUGCCAGACUUUGACCGAAUCCAUCAGGAGGCAGGAUUUAAAACUGGCUACAGUGGAUGCAUCAGCCGGCUGGUGAUUCGAAAUUCUGUGACACUUGAUUUGAUGAGAGAUUCAAAGACUAAGAUUGGUAUCAGGCCGUGUGAGACCUGCAUUGGCAACCCAUGUCAGAACAAUGGUGUGUGCCAAGAAGCGUACACUGAAGUGGGCCACAAGUGUAUUUGUCCAGCUGGCUUUUCAGGCGGACUGUGUGAGAACACAGGCGAGGCUUGCUAUCCAGGUGUCUGUGGAACCGGUCGCUGUGUAAAUAAACCAGGAGGCUUUGAAUGUUUCUGUCCAUUUGGCACAUUUGGACAGAGAUGUGAGAGGGACAUAAUGAUUCAGGAACCAGCAUUUGGAGAUGGAUCCUAUAUUGCUUACCAAACGCCAAGAGCACUUAAACGAUUCUCUGUGGACCUCAACUUUAAACCUGAGAGCUUGGAGGAUGGUUUGUUGAUGUACUGCUCACAGAAGUAUCGUGGAGAAGGUGACUUUGCAUCAUUAGCUAUUCGAAACAAGCGCCUGGAGUUCCGUUUCAACACAGGAAGUGGCACUGCUACUCUGCAGAGUGAACCAUUGUUGCAGGAUGAAUGGGUCGAAGUACGUGCCAACAGAACUGAUCGUCGUGGAUCCAUGACAAUCAAUGGAGGCCAAAUGCAAAAUACGGAAUCCCCUGGUUCAAACAGAGGGCUGAAUCUGAUCACCCCAUUGUACAUUGGAGGCGUCGACAAUACUCGUGUGGAAAUUUCACCUGAAGUUGGAGUGGAGGAUGGAUUUAAAGGAUGUGUUAAAGAGAUCAAAAUCAUGGACCAACAAGUUCGCAUGGCAGAAUCACUUGUGGACUCUGCCAAUGUUGGACAGUGUGGAGGUGCCACCAUUGCUUUCUGCAGCACAAACCCUUGCCUCAAUAAUGGACAGUGUUCUGAGGAUCCAGGCUCACCACAUGGAUUCUCUUGCUCUUGUCAAGAGGGAUACAGUGGCCACAAGUGUGAGAUGGAGCCUGGUGUCUGCACCAUUAUACGACCAUGCAAAAAUGGUGCUUCAUGUGUUGGAUCAAGAAAUGAAUACUCCUGCAACUGCCCGCUUGGUUUUGCUGGCCAACAUUGUGAACACAAUGUCGACAUAAGGGAAUCAGCGUCUUUCUCUGGGGAUUCCUGGGUGGAGUUUGACAAGCUGAUGCUGCCACAAGAAGACGGACAGGCUCAGAAACUCACCUUUGAAUUCUCCACAAUAAAGCCUAAUGGACUUCUCUUCUGGUACGGGCAAGAGCCAACAGUGUCUGGCCGAGGACAGGACCACAUCAGUGUUGCCAUUAAGGAUGGAAUAAUAGAAUUCACAUUUGAUGUUGGAACUGGACCAGCCAUGGUAAGGUCACCGAGUCGUGUUGACGACGGAGAGCGGCACACACUCACGGUCGAGAGGGCUGGCAGACAAGGAAUACUUGAGUUGGAUGGUUCAGUGCGUGAAUAUGGACAGAGCCCUGGAAUUCUGCAUAUGCUGAAUGCUGAAGGCAAUAUAUAUGUCGGAGGAGUCCCAGACCUGGCUCUCAUGACAGAUAAUGUCUACACGACAGGCUUCCAAGGUUGCAUUCACAGGUUGGCAAUUGGCGAAGAACAGUCAAUCAACUUUAUGGAUCGUGCUCUCUCUGGCGUCAAUGUGAAUACUUGUCCAAGCUCUAGUGGAUGGAAGCACACCACUGAGGGACGGAAUUCAGCCAGUUCUGGUGGGUGGAGCUCAGGCAGUUCUAGCAGCUGGAGCUCAAGCAGUUCUAGCAGCUGGAGCUCAGGCAGGUCUCAUGGCAGGAACUCAGGGAGGUCUGAUGGUUGGAGCUCUGCCGGCUCCCAGGAUCAGGGCAGUUCACGUGUUUUCAACUCCUAUGAGAAAAAUCACUACACUAGGCCUGCUUACAGCCACAGGACUUACAAAAGGACUGAGCAAACCUCAAGAAAAGUUUACAACUAAAAGGAUACUCAAAAAUGGCUUUGACCCCGCGGAAGCAGAAUCCGUGGAGGAAGAGGAAAGGGAAGGGGACGCCAAAGGGGGUAGUAUGCAGAGCUAAGGAGAAGAAAAGAAAUUACAUUUUGUUGCCAGUGUGAGGACUAGUCUUCCAACCAACCAGCCAACAAUCAAUGGGGGAAACAAAAAAAAAAAAGGAUGCAAGGCAUUGAGACCUAAACCUGCCACUCCUCCCUUCCAUCAUCACCCGACCUCAUCACGUGUCAAGGCGCCAACACUACCCACCCUUUGCAUAACUCAAUGUUUUUUGUGUGUGUGCAUAUUAGCAACCACAGCCUUGUAAGAAAUUAAAAUGAAAAAAUUAGAGAGAAAAAAAAAUAAUAAUGAAAAAUAAAUCUCACUCAUAAAAAAAAUAUAUAUAGAUAUUUGUCCCUCCAGUUAAACAGGCAAAUAGUAGUAUUGGGUGAUUCAUAGAAAAAUAGGUUCCUAAAGGGAUAAUUGUGCCUUGUUGCAGUGAGCGUGCCCAUUAGGCUAAAAGGUGCAUGCUCCCCCUGCCGCCUCCUAUUGCCAAUAGUCCUACAAUGAUAUAUGUAUCUUCUAAAUAUCCUAGUCCAUGAAAUUCCAGUGUUAUCAAAGAAGGUUGUCCCAGCCAUUAGCUGCAAGACAGCUGAUACAAACUGCCACAAUUUUUUUUGCUCUCUUUUAUUUUUUUCCCUUUUUAUUUUUAUUUUUUGUCCAACCAAUCCAGGGUGUUCAACAUUUCUAUCUCAAAUAGCUUUUGUAAGCACUAAAACAUUAUUUUUAUUAUAAUCAACUUAUAACAGCAAUAUUAUGCACUUCAUGCAAUAUUUGUGCCAAAAGGACACAUUGUUUCUCUAAAUGUAAGUUUGUGAUUGUUGAGACCCUCUAAUGGGAAAAUUGUUGUACUUGAAGCAAUAGUUUUAAAAAGUAAAAAAUAAACAAAACAAAACAAAAAAACAAAGUCUGUGACAUUUAUUGUGAUGUGAGAGCUUCUAUGUGUGUCUCCCCAGAUGCUUGGUGGUGUUGUAUGUGACAUCUUGUAACAUGUUGUUGUUUUUAGUGUUAUAUCUAACCUUAUUCACAAUGGUGGUGAGCUCUCAAAAGGUGUAUGUGCUCCCCAAAUACAACGCUUGUCUUUACUCAUGAUAUAGGUGAGCCUCAUAAACAGAUUGAUAUACUCUUGUUGAAUAUGAUUAUUAUUUUUCUUUGGUGUGUGUGAAGUUACGACCUUUGGUAAUAUUUUUGCUAAGAAAGGAAAAUGUGAAGAAAACAAUAUUGCCUUGUGAUUGCAUGAAGACCAAUUUGCAGCUUUAUUUCCUUUUUUUAAUAUUUUCUUUUCUUUUUUUUCAUUUAUCAUCCUUAUUAUUAUUGUGUUUCAAUUGUUGAUUUCAUUUUCUUCAGCUGACAAUGGUGCUACCAGGAUGAACGUUUACUUCUUACUUAAGAUGUAAAAUAGUUGUGUAACUUAAGUUUAUUAUGUUAAUUAACUUUUGCUAUCAACACUGCCAUUAUGUUCAGACUUUAAUUUGGGUUUGUUUCUAGUAAGGAAAUCAAACUAACUAUAUUUUUAAGUUAAUCAUAGCCUGAUAACUGCCAUGCCCACAUCUUGAGUCCAAUGUUAAAUAGUCACAACCUUUUAAUGAGUCAGUGUUUUAUGGUUAAGACCCAUAUCAUGAGUUUGAUAACUGUAUAGUGUGUUUUUGUGUUGUGCGUGAUCAAUGAAAUAAGCUUUAGAUUGGGCUUCUUUGAGAAUUUAUAGAAUCAUCAUUUCUCCUGUAUACAACUCGCCUUCAAGAAGCACUGUUGGGCAUACGGUGUAAGAUCCAUGACCUUAGGGAUCAUGGAUCAGUUGAUAUUAUACCAUCACGUGCUUCAUGCCCUGUAUUUGCCAAGGUCUUAGGUGUUGAGAUGUCCAUACUGUCAUUUUUAAAAGAUUAUGCACAUGGAAGUCGCACAGCUGUCUGUACUCUUUCAUGGUGAAUGUAAUUUAAACAGUGCCCAGUUGUUUUGUAAUAUGAUCAGCAGUCCUACAGUUUGGCCAUGAUUUUCAUUUAAGUUCUUUGCAAGUAAUCAUAGGGGUCCUGAGAAUCUGUGAACAAGGUUUCUGUUGUAAGAUCAAGCAACAUGGCAUAUUAUUAAGGCAUUUUUUUCUGAAUUGACUAAUUGUUUCUUAAGUUUUAGAUUUUCAACUUACUUGCAGUACAGUCUUGUGGGUACUCUGAACAAAAAAGAAAGGAAUUUAGAUCUAACUAGGGCAAAAAGCAUCACAUUAAAAUCUUUUAUCUU